GACCCACAAAAAUACAGAAGAAAAGUAAGAAAGAUGUCUGGUAUUGUUGGUAUGGGCAAAAUUAAAGAGCAAACACAUUCUGGAAGGAGACGUACUCUUGUAUGGUUCUGCAUUAAAGUAGCAUCUUUCAUUCACUGCCAUUACAUUCAUUAUCUUCUUCUUCGUUGCGAAUCAAAGUUCCUGCACUCUUCUCUAUCAUUUUCAGGAAUUAGGGAACACUGAUGGUAUUGAGAAAUUGUUGAUAUUCUUGAUUGUGAGAAACCAUGGCAUGGUUUAGAGCUGCUUCCAGCAUUGCUAAGCAUGCAGUUAGAAGAAAUAUCUAUAGGGGUAGAUCGUAUUAUCAUGUAGCAAGGACUACGGCAGUUCCAAUUCCACCAGCUUCUAGAAACUUCCACACCACAACUUUCAAAUCCAAAGCAGAAUCAGCGCCUGUGCCGCGUGCUGUUCCCCUUUCCAAGUUGACUGACAACUUCUUAGAUGGAACAAGCAGUGUGUAUCUUGAGGAGCUUCAAAGAGCUUGGGAAGCUGAUCCUAACAGUGUGGACGAAUCUUGGGACAAUUUCUUUAGGAACUUUGUUGGUCAAGCUUCCACAACACCAGGGAUUUCGGGCCAAACAAUCCAGGAGAGUAUGAAAUUGCUGUUAUUGGUGAGAGGAUAUCAGGUUAAUGGCCACAUGAAAGCAAAGUUAGAUCCUUUGGGUUUGGAAGAACGAAAAGUCCCUGAUGAAUUAGACCCUGCCUUUUAUGGGUUCACUGAGGCUGAUCUUGACAGAGAAUUCUUCUUGGGGGUUUGGAGGAUGUCUGGAUUUUUGUCCGAGAAUAGGCCGGUGCAGACCCUUAGAUCCAUUUUGACACGGCUUGAGCAAGCUUACUGCGGAAGCAUUGGGUAUGAGUACAUGCAUAUACCGGACCGGGACAAGUGUAAUUGGCUUAGAGACAAGAUUGAAACUAUUAAUUGUUCCCCCGAUUGGAAUAUUUUUUCUCAUGAGGUCCUUUCGGAUAGGCUUUCCUGGAGUACUCUUUUUGAGAAUUUCUUGGCAACAAAAUGGAAAUCAGCAAAGAGAUUUGGGCUUGAAGGAGGAGAGACACUUAUUCCUGGCAUGAAAGAAAUGUUUGAUCGAGCAGCUGAUCUUGGGGUUGAGAGCAUUGUCAUGGGAAUGGCACAUAGGGGAAGACUUAAUGUUUUAGGCAACGUGGUCCGGAAGCCACUUCGCCAGAUCUUUUGUGAAUUUAGUGGUGGCCAACCUCAGGAUGAAGUUGGGCUAUACACAGGAACUGGUGAUGUUAAAUAUCACUUGGGAACAUCGUAUGAUCGCCCAACUCGGGGUGGGAGAAGGUUACAUUUGUCUCUGGUGGCGAAUCCUAGUCACUUGGAAGCUGUCAAUCCAGUUGUGGUUGGGAAAACUCGAGCAAAGCAGUAUUUCUCGAAUGAUGUGGACAGGAAGAAGAAUAUGGGUGUGUUGAUCCAUGGAGAUGGUAGUUUUGCUGGACAAGGUGUGGUCUAUGAAACUCUUCACCUUAGUGCACUACCGAAUUACACUACUGGUGGGACUAUUCACAUUGUGUUAAAUAACCAAGUUGCAUUUACAACUGAUCCAAAGGCUGGAAGGUCUUCUCAAUAUAGCACUGAUGUUGCUAAGGCCUUAAAUGCUCCCAUCUUUCAUGUGAAUGGUGAUGAUGUGGAAGCAGUUGUUCAUGCCUGUGAACUUGCAGCCGAGUGGCGCCAGACUUUCCAUUCGGAUGUGGUCGUUGACUUGGUCUGCUACCGUCGAUUUGGUCACAAUGAAAUUGAUGAACCAUCUUUUACACAGCCUAAAAUGUAUAAGGUGAUUCAAAACCAUCCAUCAGCUCUAGAGAUUUAUCAGAAGAAACUUUUGGAAUCAGGGGAGGUGACACAGCAGGACAUUGAUAAGAUACACAAGAAGGUCAUGUCAAUUCUAAAUGAAGAAUUCUUGGCUAGCAAAGAUUAUGUUCCAAAAAGAAGGGACUGGCUUUCUGCAUAUUGGUCCGGUUUCAAGUCACCAGAACAGCUUUCACGAAUUCGGAACACUGGAGUGAAACCGGAGAUUUUAAAAAAUGUUGGGAAAGCAAUAACAAUCUUACCUGAAAAUUUCACUCCUCAUAAAGCAGUAAAAAGAAUUUAUGAACAGCGUGCGAAAAUGAUCGAAUCAGGAGAAGAUAUUGACUGGGGCUUUGCCGAGGCACUCGCUUUCGCUACAUUGUUAGUCGAAGGUAACCAUGUUCGGCUAAGUGGUCAGGAUGUUGAAAGAGGAACAUUUAGUCACCGCCAUGCUGUAGUUCAUGAUCAGGCAACUGGGGAGCAAUACUGCCCCCUAGACCAUGUCAUAAGUAACCAAAAUGAAGAAAUGUUUACUGUUAGCAACAGCUCACUUUCUGAGUUUGGUGUUCUUGGAUUUGAAUUGGGUUACUCAAUGGAGAAUCCGAAUUCGUUGGUGAUCUGGGAGGCUCAAUUUGGUGAUUUUGCUAAUGGUGCUCAAGUGAUAUUUGACAAUUUCUUGAGUUCUGGUGAGUCUAAGUGGCUCCGUCAGACUGGACUGGUAGUGUUACUUCCGCAUGGUUAUGAUGGUCAGGGACCUGAGCAUUCUAGUGGAAGAUUGGAACGUUAUCUUCAGAUGGCUGAUGAUAAUCCUUAUGUGAUUCCUGUAAUGGAGCCAACUCUUAGGAAACAAAUUCAGGAGUGUAAUUGGCAGGUUGUAAAUGUUACAACUCCUGCAAAUUUCUUCCAUGUUCUAAGGCGGCAGAUACAUAGAGAAUUCCGUAAACCUCUAAUUGUAAUGUCCCCUAAGAACCUGCUUCGGCAUAAGGAUUGUAGAUCACAUUUAUCUGAGUUUGAUGAUGUCCAAGGACACCCGGGUUUCGACAAACAGGGUACCAGAUUUAAGCGCCUCAUCAAAGAUCAAAAUAACCACUCUGAUCUUGAGGAGGGUAUCAGGCGUCUGGUACUCUGCUCUGGAAAGGUUUAUUAUGAACUUGACGAACAACGACGAAAGCAAGAUGCAAAAGAUGUUGCAAUCUGUAGGGUUGAGCAGCUAUGUCCUUUCCCUUAUGACCUCGUCCAACGAGAGCUCAAGCGAUAUCCAAAUGCGGAAAUUGUUUGGUGUCAAGAAGAGCCAAUGAACAUGGGGGCAUACACUUAUGUUCUACCGCGGCUUAUAACGUCGUUGAAGGCUCUUGGCAGAGGAGGCUAUGAAGACAUCAAUUAUGUCGGUCGUGCUCCGUCUGCAGCUGUAGCCACUGGUUUUCUGAGUGUUCACCUUAAGGAGCAAGCUGAACUUGUUCAGAAAGCUAUUCAGCCAGAACCAAUCAACUACCCUUACUGAGGCUUUGCAGAUAUUUAUACGUACAUAUAUACAUACAUCCAUAGAUGAAUUCAAGAGUGAUGAUGCACUUGAUUUUACCUCCAUAUGUAUGGAGCAAUAAUUGAGGGGUACUUCACAUAAUGAUUCUUGUACAAACUUUUCACCCUUUACAUUGUAUGUUCUGCCUCUGACAAAAUGCCAGGUGAGCUGAAAUUCAUGGCGAGUUAAUAAUUGAUAACUUCCAGUGUUUUAUAUUUUAUUUUA